AUCGUGACGGCCAAACUCAAAGGACUAUCAGCGACUGGAGAGCCCUGCCGCGAAGCGAACAAUAAGCUCGAUCCCAACACGCACAAGUUUUUGUCAGAUUGUGGUCCUAUCGAUUUUUGUAAUGGCACAACACAGACUUGCGAGUUGAAAGGCUGCCGUGUCGACGAAUUUCCUUUUGGUUAUGAUUCUGAUGACACUCUACCUGAAAUGUGCGCAGAUGGCUACGUGUGUCCCGACGAAGAAAGUUCUUGUCAGCCAUUGAUGGCUUUGGGAGGCCCUUGUCAACUCAAUCGGGAUGAUGAAUGCGCGCUGAAUCCAGUCUCUCUAUCGAAUGCUUCAAAUAUGGUAGUGUGCCUUCACUACACUUGUCAGGCGGCGAACAUUUCUUUGGGUCAGACCUGUUUAAUCGAUAACACGGUCUACAGUGGCUUCUUACCAGACGGGUCUUUGUCGUCAGACGUCGUAAUGCGCGACAACUGCGACAUCGCUCUCUAUUGCGAUUCGGAACGGCUGAUAUGUCAACAGACUGCUGCAAUUGGUCAAACGUGCCAAGCUGACUCUCAUUGCAACUCAUCGAACUGCAAGGGCACCUGUGCACCAUCUCCAGCUACGCCCUUACAGCUAUCGAAUUGGGUUUAUGUGUUUGUUGUGGUUGGGAUAUUAUUAGUGAUCUUUGGUAUUGUCUUCGGACUCCUACAAAUUCAUAAAGUGGAGAGCAAGUCCAGAAUGGAAAUGCUAAAUAAAUACUGGGACGAGCAACUAGCGUUCAGAGAAAGUAUUAUUAAUUUA